CUUGUCUGUUCGCUCCCUUCAUCUUUGUCAGCUCCUGCGUCAUACAACGCACAAACGGCUGCAAUGCAGGCUUUGGCGAUGCAAGAUGCGACGACGAGAGUGAGCCGGCGUGGUCUUCUUUUCGAGAGGAGCACGGGAUUCAUUCACUCACUCAUUCGUUGAGAGAGACCUUGCCUGUCACGUUAUUGGUCCACCACCAUGGCUGACAAGCCGUCAGCGUGGCUCCAUCGGUCGUCGCGUGUGGUGCUCAUCGUCACUGUGGACAUUGGCAAGGACAAGCAGGACAAGAUACACGUCAGGAAAGGUGAGAUGAGAUGCCUUUUUGGACAAUAAGGCAGCUCACAGCACAGCAGCAGCAGCAGAGAGAGAGAGAGAGAGACUCUGUCCGUCGCUGUGCCUUUGGUGGCAGGCGAUGACCCUCGAACGACCGCCGAGAACUUCAUCAAGCUGCAUCGGCUCAACCGUGACCUCACUGGUCAGUGAGUAGCACAGACACACACCUUCCCGAUGGCCAGCUCGUUGUCAUUUUUCGCAGAUCCGCUCACGACCCACAUCGAGCAGAACCUGGAGGCCCUCCGGCUGUCCCAGCAACGCAAGCGCGAGCGGCUCGCACAACGACUGACACAACGACACGAGUCAACCACUCAGACACAGACCCACACGCAGACGGCCGCCGUCCAGGGCUCCCUCCCGCCCACGAUGCACCUGCACGCCGAGCAGAGUGUGCAGAGCGUCCAGCAGCAGCAGCCGGCCGAUGCCCGCGCUGAUGCUGAUGCUGAUGCCAGUCCCGAUGCGGCCCACAUUCUCGCGUCUGAGCUGGUGUCGCCCACACGGCCCAGUGCGCGCAAAGGGGCGUCGCGCGAGGAGGUCGAGCCCACACCCACUGACAAGUCCGCCAUUCACCGUGGGCAGAGAGCCAAGACCUCCGAGCGGCCACAGCAGUCAGACAAGCGGCCCCACCGGCCGCCCGACGCAGUCGCCAAGGCGGCCUCCCCCUCCCCAUUCCGCCCCACACAGAAGCGAGCCUCGUCAAGGGCACAGUCGAAUCCUCCGCCGGUGCGCGGUCAUCCAUAUGUGGCGAGAGAAGGGGAGAGGGGCCGGCGCGCGCGGGAGGGCGGCGGGGCGCGGCUGGCUUCGACGUCCCGGGGUGCGUCUGAGGCCAGACUGGCUAGUGGUCAUGGGUCGUCUCCCAAGCUGGACAGGGAGGGCACCUGCAGGUCGGCUGUGUUCGACAAGCUCUACCAGAGGGCUGAGGCCAAGAGAGUGCAGGUGGGAGGGAGGGAGGGGAGAGCAGACAGACAGACAGAUAGAUAGACAGACAGACGGAGAGGGGAUCUGCCUCGUGUGUGUGUAUGUGUGUGUGUGUAUGUGUGGGCCACAUGUGCAGCUUGAGAAUCUGAAGGGUAGCGUUGAGCACGAGUACCAGCACAAGCUGGACUCCACACGAUUCAAGCCACACACCGCUAGAGAAGGUGCUCCGGUGUUCUAAAAGACCACAGACAGACAGCACGAGCUCAUCCAUCCAUCAGUCGUGUCCUGUGUCGUGUUGCCUUCGUGUGUUGUGUUGUUCCCCUCAGGUGCCGAUGUGGUCGGCCGCCGCUUGUAUGAGUGGGGCAGGAUCAUGCAGGACAUCAAGGAGAAGAAAAGACUAGAGGUACUUGAGUAGACAGACAGACAGACACGUGCACCACCUGUGGGUGCCCUCCCUCCCUCGCUCCCUCCGUCCCUCAUGCCUGUCUGUUUGUGUGUACGGUUUGGUUUGUUGUGCGGCAGCGUCUGGUGGAGCUGGAGCGGCAAGAGCUGGAGGAAGUGACCCUCAAGCCCAACAUCACACGCACCGCGCAGAACAUGCAGAGAGAGGGGCAGCCGCUCUGGCACAGACGUACGCACACACGACCCCACUCACACACACCGGUGGUGACAUGGUCUGUGUGUGUUGUGUGUGUGUCAGUCGACUGCGAGAGCAUCGACAAGCGCCGGAGGCUCAGUCGCAUCCGCGAAGAGAUGGCCAAGAAGGAGCUGGAGGGAUGCACUUUCAAGCCCGACAUCUCACGACGGUACUCAACACAACACAACCACCCACACAGACACCACCACCCACCCCUCCGAUGCAAUCCAUCAGGUCUCGCCGUCUGGUGGCCGCGCGCAUGAGCGAGCUGCAGCUGUCGGGCCCCCUCUAUGAGUUCCUCUACUCGGACGCACUCAGGCGGCACGAACGAGACCGAAUGUACAAGACCUUCGUGCCGCCCGAAGCCACCUUCCGGCCACAGACACUGGCCGCCGAUAACGGCAGCAGGAGCCCUCCGGCUGACGAUGGCAGGAGCCCCAGGGAGACACUGGAGGCCAUGAUGAACAGGUGGGUGGGGGCUGAGGUGGAUACACUUGAGGGUGAUGUGUGCUGUGUGAUGUUUGUCAGGCUCUGUGGGUCAAGUCGUGUUGGUGGGAGGAGGGGGGAGGAGGCCCCAGAGCUGGCGGAUGGUGGGAAGGACCCACACACGGGGCAGGAGCUCUUCAAGCCAAAGACAGGUGCGCCAGUCAGGCGACGCCACACACAGUGCUUAUCGUGCCUUCGCUGUGUGUCUCUAUGUGGCUGGAUGCAGGUCGGCCCCCCCUGCACGGUCGCAACAGCGAGAAGCUGCCCAUCUGGGAGUUCCUCCACCGCCUCGGCGAACAGAGCAAACAAGCCAAAGUAACUGCACACCCAACCAACCAGACACAGCUCGUGUGGAUGUGUCUGCAUCCGGACAUCAGCUGCAGCAUGCCACCGAGGAAGAGCAGAAGGUCAAGGCCCUCGCCGAGAUGCGCGGCACCUCACACACCUCAUCGGCCAAGCUGUUCCAGGAGGCCAAAGCGCGGCGUCUUCGGGAGCUCUUCCGAGCGGUCGACGCCGACCGCGACGGCGUCCUGACGGGCGGCACGGCCGACGCCGACUCGUCUAGGUGGGGGAGCGUGCUGGCCAAGGAGGGGGUGGACCCUCAGCUGCAGAAGAUACUCUGGCCUGUCCUAGAGGUGGGUGGGAUGAUGAGAAGGAAGACACAUAAGAGCGUGUCAUCCCACCUGACGGCCUGUGUGUGUGUUGGCGCCCUGUCCGCUGCUCAGUAUUUGAAGGACACGGGCAGCAGCGUGCCGUUCGAGCAGUUUGAGCAGGCAGUGGACUACCAGGUCAAGGAGCUCGCCGCCCAAAAGAUACCGAUCCACGCCCUCUUUGUCAGACGCGCCACCGUCUCCCAACCCACCACCACCAGCACCUCCACUCGAGCAGCAGCGGCCGGCAAGAAAGGUGGUCGACACACUCUUCCCAGCGGGCCUAAAGACGGAGCGGUGAAGACGUUUCCUUAAUUAAGAAAAGGGCCCUUGAUGUACUUCUCAGCACACGGGCAUGUGGGCGUAUAUGCGUGUCUGUGUAGCGUCCGCGAGGGGCUCAUUUCUUCGAGAGCCUGCACAGGGAAGCCCGGGAGCGGCGCGACAAGUAAGACAGACAGCCGGCCGACACGACACACGCACCCAAGAGGACGUGUGUGUGAUGCCCGAUGGAUGCAGGCGUGACGCUCUCCGCGAGCAGAAGGAGAAGACCGAGCUGGACAACUGCACAUUCCAGCCUAAUGCGGGGUGUGCACACCACCACCACCAUAUACACCGUCCCCAGCCUCGUGUGCCGGGCAGCCGUGGCGAUGGCGCAGCGUCUGCACCAGCAGCUGCAGCUGCAGCAGCAGCAGCAGACAGGGAGGUUAGUGGGGCUGCGGGUGAGGGUGAGGGAGGUGGUGUGGGGGAUGACAUUGACGAGAGCUUCUGAUGGAUGGAUGGAUGGCUGCAUGCAGUGACUGAUAGGAGUGGACUCGUACGCGUGUGUGGACGGGUAUGCGUUUGUCAAUGAUGGAGACCUUCGUUGUCGACGAACAAAAUCAGACGAACAAAUCGGAAAGCAGGUCUGUCUUGACACUUGACAUUCGCGUGAAACCGCUCUCUCUCGGGCGCCCACAGAAUUCGCCUGGCCAAUCCCCAACCCACAGAUCUCUGCUGGGGCGGCCGUAUCACACAUCGUGCUCCACUCUGAGACUCACGGGUCACCACGUAAGAGCUGGGAGGAGUGUUGACUCUGCCUCCUU